UUGGAGCUGCACUCUGACGUCCGCUCUCUCCCCCCGGACGAAGUGUACCCUGGUGGAUCGUCUGAUCAGUUUUAAUUCCCAACAAGCCCCGGCGAAAAGAAUAAACGCAACCAUGAGCAGAAAAUUCUUCGUUGGCGGAAACUGGAAGAUGAACGGCGACAAGAAAAGCCUUGGGGAACUCAUCCAGACCAUGAACGGAGCCAAGGUGGACCCCCAUGUCGAGGUGGUGUGCGGUGCUCCUUCAAUCUACCUGGACUUUGCCAGGUCCAAGCUGGAUGCCAAAUUUGGUGUUGCUGCUCAGAACUGCUACAAAGUUCCCAAGGGUGCCUUCACUGGGGAGAUCAGCCCUGCGAUGAUCAAGGACUGUGGUGUGAACUGGGUGAUCCUGGGACACUCUGAGCGGCGUCAUGUCUUCGGAGAGAGUGAUGAGCUCAUUGGUCAGAAGACGGCCCACGCCCUGGAGAAUGGUCUUGGUGUCAUCGCCUGCAUCGGUGAGAAGCUGGACGAGAGGGAGGGUGGCAUCACCGAGAAGGUGGUCUUUGCUCAGACCAAGGUCAUCGCAGACAAUGUAAAGGACUGGAGCAAAGUCGUGCUUGCCUAUGAGCCUGUGUGGGCCAUCGGCACUGGCAAGACCGCGUCCCCACAGCAGGCUCAGGAAGUUCAUGAGAAACUGAGGGAGUGGCUGAAGACCAACGUGUCUGAGGCUGUAGCCAACUCUGUCAGGAUCAUCUAUGGAGGUUCUGUGACUGGUGCUACCUGCAAAGAGCUCGCCUCCCAGAAGGACGUCGACGGUUUCCUUGUGGGUGGAGCUUCCCUCAAGCCUGAGUUUAUUGAAAUCAUCAACGCCAAGGCAUAAAAACUACGACAGCUGCAGCGAGUCCACGUCCAGAUCAGAGCCCAGCUUCCAUCAUCCCUCACUCUCAGCACUUAGUCCUCUUCCCCUUUUUAUCCAAAGUAUUUGUGUAAUGACGUCAUUCGCCCCUUUUCCUUUACUUUUUCUCUGGGUAUAUUUUGUCACGAAGAAAAGGGACAGGCUGACACAUACACUGUACUGCACUGUAAAGAGUUAAGUCCACUGAGAAUAGCCUGAGUGCAUACUAACUUCCACACCAAGUGCUCCAGCUGUAACAGACUGACAAUUACACCUUGAGGUGGACAGCCAGUCUCCGCCUUUUACUUGAAAAGUUUACAGACUUUUUUUUGUAAACAGCGUCCCAGCUCCUGUCAUUCAGAUGUUUUCAUCUUUUUAAUAUUGGUGUCUCUCGUUUGUGUAUUUAUGAUGUUCUGUGGCUUUUACCUCCCUGUAGACAUUGCAUGAUCCUCUCUCUGAUUGGCUGUUUUGCCCAGAGGGACGUGUCCAUUACAUGUUAAUCGUAUUGGCCGACGGGUCGAAGGGUGAGAAGGCUGUAAUGAAACAUUAUAAUAAAAGGUUUAGAGACUG